AUGCUCGCGGCCUGGGACUCCAUGGUCGCCGCCGUGGCCGAGGAGGAGGACCACGAGGGCCUCCUCGCGAAGCCCUUCGCCGACGCGGGCGUCGGCGACGGCGGCGUGCGCGUCCCCAAGAUGCAGCACCGCCUGACGGCGGAGCUCGACAAGGUGGCGUUCGCGGCCUACAAGGCCGAGCUCGCGGACCUCGCGAUCGACGGUUUCCCCUACUGCGCCGCCGAGGCGGCGCGGGACCAGGCCGCGAGGGCCUGGCUCACGACGCUCCCGGUGGGCUGCGCGGCCUUCACGAACGGCGAGUUCGCCGAGGUCGCCGCGACCUACUUCGGCGUCAAGAGCCCGUGCAUGAUCCCCCACGUCGCGAGGCGCAUCCAGAACACGUCGAGCGUCGUCGACGCCUUCGGCCACGUCUUCUUCACCGACGUCAGGAUCCUGAACCGCAAGAGCGUGCGGACGGCCUGGCACGACAGCGUCGCGACCGUCAUCGAGGGCUCGCUCCGCGAGGCGCGCGUGUCCUACGACCGGGAGGUCCUCGGCGUCUUCGCGGACCUGGUGCCCGCCGACGCGGCCACGUCCUUCUUCGAGCAGCACGCGGGCAAGGGGGCCCGGGAUAAGGCCGGCAUCGUCCCGGACUUCAAGCUCGUGCCGGGCGGCCGCGCCGCGCAGCUCGCCGACGUCAAGACCAUCGGCUUCGCCAAGUCGCGCUACGGCCGGUCGCCCGCCCGCAGAGGCGGCACCUUGCCGUGCGACGAGCGCGCGGGCAUCAUCAACCGCGAGUACCGCCUGCACGCCGAGAAGCUCGACAAGAAGUUCUACCCGGACGAGGCUUCGCCGGGUCCCUUCGAGCGCCGCCUCGGAUCCUUCGGCUCCGUCGUCGGCUUCGUGGCGGGCUACUUCGGCGAGCUGAGCAAGGGCGCCCACGAGGUCCUGGCCAUGGCCGCCGAGGAGAUCGCGGAGCGGACCUGGGUCGAGGCCGGCGCCACGAGCCUCGACCACGCGAAGUCGAUCCAGAAGCAGCGGCUCUACCGCGAGUGGGGCGUCGCCUCCGUGCGCGCGGUCGCGCGGAUCAAGAUCGAAGGCCUCGGCCUCAUCGGCGCCCCGUCGUCGAUCCCGCGGCCCGACUACGGCCGGGACGCGGCCGCGAAGCGGGCCCGCGACGCGGCCUACGCCCGCGCGGCCCGCGGCACCGGCGGGACCUUCGGCGUCGCCUACGAGCAGUAG